AUGAGUGAUAGCGAAGAACCUCUCGAUCUCUACGACAUCGGCGUGUUGAUGACUUAUGAGCGAAACACGACCGAACCCCAGCUCCGCCACACAAAACUACGAGAGGUUGCCUUCCCGGGCAAUCAACCAAAGACAGUCGCUCUCAAUAGUCCCAUAGAACAAGGCUGGAACAAGAACGCCUGCACCUGGAUCAUCGUCGAGGAGGAAAACCCUAGAAACCCAAGUGCACCCGAUCUCCCCCAGGAUUUUCUGCAAGAGGAUAAGCGAGCUGGCAGUACGUUCUCAGACGAACAGCUGGAGACUCUUUUCUAUCAAGCACGUAACCAUGAUGGAUGUUACAAGGCUAUUGGCCUUCUCCAACUCUUCUUCGGCUUAUUCCCCGACGACACGAAAUUGAGGGUUCGGCAUGCACCCCUCAAUAAACAGCCUGGCGAGUCUUACAUCACGACGAUCAACAGGCGCGUCAUUAUCGAGGAGGCGUUCCGCGAGCCGAAGCUCACAACUGCGAUUGUUUCACUUCCAGAAGGGACUUUGCAAGUCAGUGGUCACCAGCCGCUAUUGCCACACGCCGUCGUAGGUUUCUCGCCGCAUGACAGCGCGACAGUUAAGACCUUCUUCGAUCUGUCGUCUAUGCAAUUUGGCGACCUAGGACGGGGCCCUGGACCCAAAGGAAAACAGUUGUUUGCACUUGACACUCCAGAGGAGUUUGCGAUACGGUUUAGUCACCUGGCCAGGGGUGCGGAUCCCAGCCAAAGCCAGCACACCUUGGCGAUCAGUGGUACACCGUUCGACGACUGGCUUUUGGAAGUCGCGAUCCGGGUGAAGAAGAGGUGGGAUAAUAAAGACAAGGAAAAGUGGUGUGGGCAUUGCGGGGCUCCCAAGCCAGUGUCCAAGUGCUCUGGAUGUGGACAGGUGUAUUAUUGUGGGAAACAACACCAGAAACUGGCCUGGGGAUUUCACAGGGGCUACUGCGCCAAAGCAUAA